AUGCUAGCUUGCAAACCUGCAGAUACACUUGUGGAGCAAAAUCACAAGUUAGCAGAAUAUCCUGAUCAAGUGCCUACUAAUCGAGAGAGAUAUCAAAGACUAGUUGGCAGACUCCUCUAUUAUCUCUCUCAUACUCAUCCUGACAUUGCAUAUGCUGUGAGUGUGGUCAGCCAGUUCAUGCAUGAUCUAAGUGAAGACCACAUGAAUGCUGUGUACCAUAUUCUUAGUUAUUUGAAGUCAGCUCCAGGAUACACUGAUGCAGAUUGGGCUGGAUGUAUCACUGAUAGAAGAUCAACCUCAGGAUACUUCACAUUUGUGGGAGGUAACCUUGUUAAUUACAUGGAGGAGCAAGAAACAGAAAGUAGUUGCCAGAUCUAG